UGGUGGGGGCUGAGCCGUGAGCCCCGAGGUUCGCGCGCCUUGUCCUCGCUCGUUCGGAACGCGCGGCGUCAGCGAACACUGCUCGCCUCGCCUCCGGCCAAGCCGGCGGUAAACGGAAAUCUCCUAGAGCCGCGGACCCCGCUUGAAGGACCCGACCGCGCCGAGCUGCUCCUCAUGGGAAGUUACCUGGGCAAGCCUGGACCGCCGCAGCCUACCUCCGCUCCGGAGGGCAGGGAUCUGCGGGAGAGGUCUGGCCGCCGCCCGCUGGCUCCGCCGUCUCCCCGGACCCAUCGCGUUCACCACGUUUAUCCCGCUCUCCCCACUCCUCUUCUCAGACCCUCUAGGAGGCCUCCCCACCGGGAUUGUGGGACUUUUUCAAAUCGGUUUGUGAUAACACCUCGAAGGCGCUAUCCGAUCCAGCAGGCCCAAUAUUCUGUUCUUGGGGUGCUUCCCACAGUGUGCUGGAAUGGUUAUCACAAGAAGACUGUGCUAUCACCUCGUAAUUCAAAAAUGGUGUGUAGCCCAGUGACUGUAAGGAUCGCUCCUCCUGAUAGCAAAUGGAUUCGUUCUCCAGUACCAGAGCAGAUAAUCAGCUCAACAUUGUCCUCACCAUCAAGUAAUGCCCCAGACCCAUGUGCGAAGGAGACCGUACUGAGUGCCCUCAAAGAGAGGAAGAAAAGAACCGUGGAGGAAGAAGACCAAGUAUUUGUUGAUGGCCAGGAAAACAAAAGAAGGCGCCAUGAUAGUAGUGGGAGUGGACAUUCAGCUUUUGAGCCCUUAGUGGCCAAUGGAAUUCCUGCUGCUUUUCCUGGGUCUCUGAAGAGAGGUCUCAAUUCCCAGAGCUCAGAUGACCACUUGAAUAAGCGAUCCCGCACCUCUUCCAUGAGCUCCCUGACAAGCACAUACACAGGUGGCAUCCCCAGCUCCAGCCGCAAUGCCAUUACCAGUUCUUAUAGUUCUACUCGAGGCUUCUCACAGCUCUGGAAGAGAAGUGGCCCCAGCUCAUCACCCUUCUCUAGCCCAGCCUCAUCCCGCUCGCAGACACCAGAGAGGCCAGCGAAGAAAACAAGAGAAGAGGAGCCAUGUCAUCAUUCCAGUUCUUCAACUCCGUUGGUGACAGAUAAGGAGUCCCAGGGAGAAAGGGAUGCAGAUACAACUACAGGGAAGAAACAGAAUUCGUGGAACUCUCCUUCUACCCCUGGCAGCUCUGGGCAGCGUAAAAGGAAGAUUCAGCUACUGCCCUCCAGGCGAGGGGACCAGCUGACCUUGCCUCCAGCUCCUCAGCUUGGUUAUUCAAUCACGGCAGAAGACCUUGAUAUGGAAAAGAAAGCUUCCUUCCAGUGGUUUAACAAGGUCUUGGAGGACAAGACUGAUGCUGCCUUGAACAUUGUCACUGAGAAGCCACCUGCUACUCAGCCACCUUUUACGUUUGCCCUGCCUGCUGCUGGGACUACUUCCUCACCAACCUCCCUCCCAGCCCCAAGCACUAACCCACUGCUAGAGAGCCUGAAGAAGAUGCAGAAUUCCCCAGGACUCCCACUUUUCCCAGAAUCAUCUGGAGCCCCAGCCACUGUGGCCCCUUCGCCUCCAAAGACACCCAGCCUCCUGGCCCCUGUUGGCUCUUCCCAGUCAGAGCCCCUUCUGGGCACUGCUUCAGACUCGAAACCCCCAGCUAUUUUCAUGGGACUGACCCCUGCUUCUUCCACAGUACCAGUCACUGACACCACUUCGCCACCUCCAGCCCUGCAGGCUGAGAUACCUGCCAAAUCCCAAGACCCACCUGCCCCAUCCCCCACUCCCAAGCCAAGUAUUCUGCUUGGAAUGCUGAGCCCCCCAUCUUCUAACCCUGCUCCCCCUGCUGCUCCUGCUGCAUCUACAGCAUCUCCCACAUUCAAGCCCAUUUUCCCCAUCCCACCUAAAAGUGAGAAGGAAGGCCCCUUGCCAACCAGCCCUGCAACCACGGCCACUGCAUCUUCCAGCUCCACCGUCCCCACAACCACCAGCACCUCUGCCCCCCUGACUUUCGAGCCUGUCUUUGGCAGCAUGGGGCCCCCUACAUCAGUACCCUUGCCAUCACCCUUCUCCUUUAGUCAGACAGUGACUGCACCCACUACUUCAGCCACAACUGCCCCUGUCUUCACUGGCCUAGCCACUGCCACCUCGACAGUGGCUUUCCUCACCACAGCCAGCCAUCCACAGACAGACUCUGCUUCGAAACCCGCCUUUGGCUUUGCUGUGAGCACUGUCACCAGCACCAUGAGCAGCGUGACUAGCACCACCUCUUCCACUUCACAGCCUUUCCUCUUUGGGGCUCCCCCAGCCUCUGGUGCCAGUUUCACCCCACCCAUGGGCUCCAUAUUCCAGUUUGGCAAGCCUCCUGCCCUCCCUGCAUCAACCACAGUCACCAGCUUUGGCCAGUCCCUUCCCAGUGCUGCUCAGACAGCUGCCAGCAGCAGCACCACUGGCUUUGGUGGUUUUGGCAGCACCCUCACAACCUCAGCCCCAGUCACCACCAGCCAGCCUGUGCUGACAUUCAGUAACACGACCACCCCCACAUUCAACAUUCCCUUUGGCUCCAGCACCAAGCCCCCUCUCCCAUCAUAUCCCGGGACAGGAGCCAGUUCUCAGCCCACAUUUGGGGCCACUGACGGGCAGCAGCAGGGGGCCACCGAGCCAGCUAUUCCCAGCUUUGGCAGCUCCUUCACAUUUGGAAGCUCUGCAGCCCCAGCCCUGACGGCCACUCCAGCGCCAACCCCAGCUCAGCCCACCUUUGGCAGCACCACGCAGUCAGCUUUUGGUGGUUUGAAAACCACAGCCUCUGCCUUCGGCGCCCCUGCCAGCACCCAGCCAGCCUUUGGCAGCACCACAGCGAUCUUCUCCUUCGGUGCAGCCACCACCUCUGGCUUUGGAGCUACAACCCAGACCUCCAGCAGUGGGACUAGUAGCACAGUGUUUGGCAGCACAGCUCCGUCGCCUUUCACGUUUGGGGGCUCGGCCGCUCCUGCUAGCAGCGGGGGCUUUGGAAUCAAUGUGGCUACCCCAGGCACCAGCUCCACGUCUGGAGCCUUCAGCUUUGGAGCAGGACAGAGUGGGACCACCGGCACCACCACCCCCUUUGGGGGGGGCUUGAGUCAGAACAGCCUGGGCACCCCCAAUCAGAGCACACCCUUUGCCUUCAACGUGGCCAGCACACCUGAGAGCAAACCUGUGUUUGGAGGCACGUCGACGCCCACCUUUGGUCAGAACACCACUGCCACUGGUGUGGGUACAUCAGGCAGCAACCUCUCCUUUGGGGCAUCCUCAACACCCAGUCAAGGCUUUGUUGGAGUUGGACCUUUCGGAUCAGCGGCCCCUUCGUUUUCCAUUGGUGCAGGAUCCAAGACCCCAGGGGCUCGACAGAGACUGCAGGCCCGAAGGCAGCACACUCGCAAGAAAUAGCCUGUCCCUUGUCCCGUUUCCUCCACCCCUUACCCAAAUCUGGACCUCAGCACCUGCUAGGAAGAGCCUGACACCCUUCGAGUUCCAUAGAGCAAACCUACCCCAGAUCUCUGGCUUCAGCCUCCUGUGGGGAGUGGCAGCCCUGGGGACAUUCCCUCCUCCUGGAGAAAGCCUGGGGGUGGGUGGCUGUGGCAGGGCAGAAGCCUGAUGCCUCCACUUGGAACGUUCCCCUGGUGAGGCUGGAGAACUAAAGAAACAUCUGUACAUAUUGUCCACUUCUUCUGACUCUUAUUUAGUGUAUGACCUUAGUCAAGUGGCCUCCCAGCCUCCCUUCCCGCCUUCUCCGAGAGCCAUCUUUGCUGGAGGGUAUAAGGCUCGGCCCACUUUCUCUGGUGUGCAUUCAAUGGGGUUGGGGUAAUAGGUCAUCCCUGAAGCUUUCCUUGCUUGGCUUGGCUAUAAGAAGUGGUUCUCUUCCUCUGGUCCCAUUAGGGGACUCUCCCCAUUUCUUGCUGCUUUGUUCCUCACUGGUUCUUUGUAGGAUUGAUUUCCUUUCAAAAUGACCUGAAUCUAGCUUUGCCUUGGAGACCCCAGUGGGUGCUGCUCCUGCUGUUCCAUUUCCUCCUGCCAAGUCUGAAUCAGUUUCAUCUCCAACCUUCUCUGCCAGUUUGGCCCCUAAGAGCUUGGUGGCUCAAGACUGUUAGCCUGGCAGACCCAGGGGUGAGAUACCUCGCUCUAGGAGGGAGAAACUCUUGGAGCAGGCAGGAUGCCCACCACUGCUUUCAGCUGCCUCCUCAACCCACUUACCCUGUUGGCCUCACAGGGCCCUCGUCUGCCUCUCCAGGAUUGUAUGUUUCAAGCCUUGUCCUGUGUUACUGUGUCUGACGCUCAUGUCUAUUGCUCUUUGAAUCGAGUUUGGAGGAAGAAUUGAAUUGUAUGAGUGGCGGCAUGUUGGUAGUGCCGGACUUGUUUCAAGUUUUCUGAGGCCUAGCUAAUUGAAUGUGGAAAGUAGCACCACUUUAUGCUACAAGUGCUGACUCCUGAAUUUUCAAAUGGUGUUUUGACUUUAAGGGCUGGCAGCCCAGGAGGAUGGGGCCCAGGGGAAGCAAAGACCUCUCUCCUCUGCUCCCUUCCCCCCCUUACCCGACCUCACUAUAGGAUAGAUUCCCCUAGCAUACAUUAGGAAACCUAAAUUAAUGGGCCUUACUUUAAAAACGUAUUUUACUUUCCCCAAACAGGGCCUUCACCAACCCUUCCCCUUUUCUUUGUUACCAGACCACAUAUCCCAGGCCCAAGAGCCUUGCUGCCAUGCCCAUCCUCUUUGGGAGAAGUAUGAAUGCGUGUGUCUAAAUUAAAAGAAAAAAAAUAUUUAAACAUUUUUUAACAAAAUAAAAAUUUAUUUUUGUAUUUAAGCUAAAUUGCCUUUUAAAUUCCUUCAAGCUUGGUUCAUUGAGGUGGUUAAGUAUAAAUGCUAUCAACUAGGAAUUAGCUGUAUAGUUAAGUUAUGCCUGUGUGAAGAAGAGGCUCAGAUGCUGUCUAGGCAGCUUUCCUGAGGGACUAGAGCUCCUUCUGGACAUGUUAUAUAAACUGUAAUUCUUAUUUUAUAAAUAAUGUGACGUAGCUGUAACUAGUCUCCCUCCCUCCUCUGUGACUGAGGCUGAAUGUUGUGUGCAGGGGACUGCUCCUCCCCACCCCCAAGAGCCCUGAGCCUGACUCACGUUAAUACUUAGCUGUGCACAGAGCUGAAGAAGGAGCCUGAACCUCAAGUCCCAAGUACCUAUUAGGAUUGGAGGGGUGGGGGUGGGGUGUGGAUAGUAUAGAGUCAAGCUUCUACCUAUACCUUAUGUAAGGUAGAUCCUCGUUUUAGAACUCUGGGCUAGUUUACCUCAGUUCACAGGCAGGACAGUGGGUCCAGGAACCCUCUGAAAGGGGGGUCCUCCUGUAGCCUGUGUGAGUGAGUGAGUGUGGAUGUGUACACGUAUGUGCACUAGACAUACGGAGGAACGGGAGGCUGGGACUUUCCAUACAGAUAAGACUUCAUUCCUGUUGAGUCUAGUUGGGAUUUUUAGUAUGAAUGUGGGAGUUUUCUCCUUGCUUAUGUCAUUAAGAAUAAAACAACAACAACAACUGUGAUCUAUCAUA